AGCAUUUCCGGUUUAGUUCGAUUUAAAAUUAUUCGGUUACCGUUUUUGUUUAGAAUCACAGAAUUAGAGAGUUAUGGAGGAGAGAAGAAACAUGAAUUCCACCGCCGCUAAUCGCUCUAACCAGCCGUCUUCUGUUGGAAUCAGCGACGGUCAAAUCACCAAUGAGGAAGCUGAAUCGCUUCAUAAGAAGAAGAAAUGUUCUGGGCACGAGCUAAAAGAAGUAACUUGUAGUGACACAUUCUCUGACAAUGGUUCACUUAACAAGAAAAGACUCCAUUAUCAUCAGGAUCAGCGGAGGAUGAGUUUGACAUCGAUUGUGACGGUGGAGACUCCUUCAUCUAGCGACGCUCCCACUAGAAGAACCAUUGAUCUUGGCCAUGGAAGUGACCUCAUUUACAUUCAGAGGUUUCUUCCCUUUCAACAAUCUUGGACUUUCUUUGAUUAUCUCGACAAGCAUAUUCCUUGGACCAGGCCUACUAUUCGUGUCUUCGGUCGAUCUUGCCUUCAGCCGAGAGAUACUUGUUAUGUUGCGAGUAGUGGAUUGACUGCACUGGUGUACAGUGGAUAUCGACCUAACGCCUAUUCGUGGGAUGAUUUUCCACCUCUUAAGGAGAUUCUGGAUGCGAUUUACAAAGCGCUUCCUGGAAGCAGAUUCAACAGCUUGCUGUUAAAUAGGUACAAAGGUGCCAGUGACUAUGUGGCUUGGCAUGCAGAUGAUGAAAAGAUUUAUGGUCCAACUCCCGAAAUUGCUUCAGUUUCGUUUGGAUGUGAACGUGAUUUUGUGUUGAAGAAAAAGAAACAUGAAGAAUCUUCCCAAGAGAAAACAGUGAACGGUGGACCAACGAAAAAGAGGUUAAAGAGAAGCAGCAGAGAGGAUCAACAAAGUUUGACAUUGAAGCAUGGAUCGUUGCUGGUGAUGAGAGGAUACACUCAAAGGGACUGGAUUCAUUCUGUGCCAAAGCGGGCAAAGGCAGAAGGCACUCGUAUCAACCUCACCUUCAGGCUUGUUUUGUAAACGGAGCAUCAUAGACAAGAAGGUUUGCUUGAUCUUGAUCUCCAUUGACAUUGACUAAGCUUCUCAUCUUAAUUCUCUAUAAACACUGAUUGGUGUA